AUGGCUAAGCCUCAACUUUGGCUUUUGAUCGUGUCUGGGUUAGAAGCCGAGACAUACAGAGAGGAUGAAGAGAGCAUAAGCCGCAUAGAUAACAAGAGAAUUAUAAUUCCCUAUCUCUGGCUGCGGGUGGGUUUAUUUCUCCAUGGCCAAAGUCUCAAAGCUAUAGAGAGAACAAAGAAAUGUCUAAGUAACGAGAAGCUACACCAAAGAGAGAGACUUGCUCAAGGCAUGGAAAAGAAAUGUGGUGUAGAGAAGAUAAGAACGUCUUUGAGUCACGAAUACAACAACAGAGGGCCACCAAAGAUCUUGGCCGACUUUGUGGGAGCGGAGCUGUACGUGUCGAUGGUAGCUAUGGACAUGAGCAAGAUUCGGGCACGGCUUGGAAAGACGAAGAUUGGAGAGAAGAUUUCGGGAUUGAAGAUGUACAAUGUUGCUAGUGAGCGAGACCUCGACCACCGGGAUACUUGCAGUGCUUUCCUACACGACCGUGACCGGCCGAGACGUGUCCGCAACUAUAUUCAUUUGCUCAUUCAACCACUUCCCGUUCCCCAAACCUCUAUAAACAAUACAAAUACAACAAUCAUGGUCCGUCCGUCUCGCCGCGCUGUGUGGGUCGCCUCCACAAUGAGAUCCGCAGGUCUCAUUAUGCAGGACAGCAAGUACCGCGCCGCCCAGGAGAUGAAGAAGCGGGACCACUUCAAGAUUGAGGUCUGCUUCUCAUACAACCUCAGAGAGGCCCGAGAAAGCGAUACUUUCAAGAGGGAGAUUGCUGGUGAGACGAAGGGAGAACGUCGUCUUCGCGAGGCGGCUCUUUGGGAUAUUGAGGAUGAGGACUCUGAUGAUGGUGGCGAUUACGAUGAAAUCGUCGAACUUUCAGGUGAAGACUGCUACGCUGGUUCCCUCAUGCUUCACGAUUUGUGCGACGAGAUUGACGCGGAGGGACUUGACCGUGUCUUUCACGUUCGUCAAGUCAUUGGUCCUAGCUGGGUUACUCUGGAGGCGUCGAUGUCCGCGGGAACUCUUCCCGAGCUUUUCCAAUGGUUUGGCUCGUUGAUUGGCUAUGACUACAAAGACUGUGACUUCCUGAAUGGUACGGAUAGCAUCAUCUACGGAAAGAAGGAAGAGUUCAAACAUCUGCACUGGAUUGACCUUUGGCGCUUGGCUGAUCGUCUUAUUUCAAGCAAGAUUUGCAAUCUCGCCGCCAGAAUGAUCGCUGGUGCUACUUGGGUUAUAGACGAGAAGGAGGAUUCAGACGAUGAAGGCACUCCAGGCUAUUGGAAGUACACUCGCCCCACACCACAUGGUCCAUACUUUGAACACAGACCAUUCGAAAAAGAUCACAAUCGCGAAGAAGGAGAAGAUGAUGGAGAUCAUGAAGAUGGAGCAAAUGAUCACGACGGUAUGGAGUACGAAGAAGAAGAAGAUGGUGAUCACGAAGAUGAAGCAAAUGACCAAGAGGGUUUGGAGUAUGAAGAAAAAGAAAAAGAAGACGAGGACGAAGAUGGAGAAAAUGGCCAAGACGGUAUGGAAUGUGAAGAAGAAGAAGAAGACGAGGACGAAGAGAUGAGUGACUGUAACGAUGAAGAGGACGAAGAUGAGAGUUUGUGGUCAGAGGGCUCGUGGUCAGACCCCGUCGAGUUUAGGCGUACUGUGUGGAACGAGUACACCUUCAUCAACGCCGGCGUUAUCCUCGACGUUUGGAGAGCCACCGACUUCGCCGAAGAUGUUAAAUACGACCUGAGUGCCGGUCAAAUCAACUGGGAGAAUAAGAAGCUUCUCAGCUUCCUUCUCGAUUGUGUCAUCUACAAGGAUGUCAAGACCUUUAAUGGUUUGAAACAUCCCUCCGGAGUCGUCAUGGGUCCCGAGAUCAUGGCCUUGCUGAAGAAUGGUUCGGAACUCGCGGCUGAGCUUGGCGUUAGAUGCUAUCGCGCUGGUAUGAAUCCUAUGGAUGAGACUUGUCCAUGGAAGGAAGACAACAUCAACCAUUACUUGGAGGUGAUCCAGCACUAUGAUUAG